CUGUCUGAGUGGAUGCUGGUGCUGAUAAGACGCGGUGGUGGGGGCCGUGAGCGAAUCGUGCCGGGAGAGCGAGCCUCCAAUCGCGGCACACGGCGGGCACGGCAGUGUCGAGGCGUCUUGGAGUCGGCCCGGCCACCCCACCUUCUGCAACGACCUCGAGCUCAGCCACCACCAUGACGCCCUGCGAGCUGAGCCAGGCGCGCUCCGUGGCGCCGGUGCUGCUGCUCGCGCUGACGCAGGGCCUGGCGCUGGGCUGGUCUUCCCCGGCCGUGGCCAAGCUGCGCGCGGGCGAAGGCCCCUUCAAGCCCACCAUUGACGAGCUCUCGUGGAUCGUGUCCUUCUUCAGCCUCGGCAUCCUGGCCGGUUCCUUGGUGGGCGCGCAGGUGUUCGCGCGCGCCGGCCGCCGCACCACGCUCAUGCUGGGCCCCGUGCUGCUGGGCGCGUGCUCCGCCGUCACCUUCUCCGGCUCGUCGGCGCAGCCCGUUUACCUGGCCCGGCUGCUGGGCGGCGCGGGCCACGGCAUCGGCGUGUCCUUCUCGUCCAUCUACGUCGCCGAGGUGACGGACACGGCGCUCCGCGGCCGCCUCAUCCUGGUGACCAACCUGCUCCUCAUGGCCGGGCCGCUGCUGUCGUACGCCGCCGGGCCGCUGCUCUCGUACUCCGUGCUCGCGCUCGCCCCGCUCGUCACGGCCGCCGCCGCGCUCGUGCUCGCCGUCGGCCGCGGCUGGAUGAAGGAGACGCCCCUCUACCUCGCCUCCAAGGGCAAGGCCGACGAGGCGCUGGCCAACCUGCGCGCCCUCCGCGUCGGCAAGAAGGACGAGGAGGUUCGGGGUGAGUUCGCGGCCAUUCUGAAGACGGUGAAGCAGCAGCAGUCCGGCGGGGGCAGCUCGCUCCGGGACGUGUUCGCCGACCCCACGGCCAAGCGCGCCGCCAUCCUCUGCCUCGUCCUCACCGGCUCGUUUGCCGCCCUCGGGAUCACCACGGUGCUUGCCUUCACCCAACAGAUCGUGGAGGAGGCCGGCGCGCCGCUGAGCCCCGCCGUGUGCAGCGUGGUCCUGGUGGCCACCAACAUCGCGUCGGUGCUGGGCUCCAUGCCGGUCGUCGAGCGCCUCGGCCGCCGCACCAUCCUGGCCGGUUCGGCGUUCGGCAACGCCGCCGCCCUGGGCUCGCUCACCGCCUUCCUGCUCGCCCGCGACGUGCUCGGCGCGGACGUGUCGGCGCUGCACUGGCUGCCCCUGGCCGCGCUCGUGGCCUACAUGGCGUCCACGGGCAUGGGCAUCAUCACGAUCCCGCACGUGCUCGUGAGCGAGCUGCUGCCGCAGCGCGCCAAGGCGUCCGUCGCGCCGCUGUCGGGCGCCCUGGUGGCGCUGUCCGCCUUCGCGCUGCACAAGAGCUUCUUCCUCGUGGGCCGCGCGCUCGGCUUCGGCGUGCCCUUCGCCUUCUUCGCCCUGUACAACCUCGGCUACGCCAUCUUCGUGGCCACCUGCGUCCCGGAGACCAAGGGCAAGACGCUGGCCCAGGUCCAGGAGAUGCUGGCCUCCGCCGCGGCCGCCACCGACAAGAAGAAGAAAAAGUAGAGGUGAAAUGGAUCAGCCUUUCAUUUUUCAACAUUCCCUCCGAGAAAUGUUGGUGUCUUCGAUCUCCGUGUCGUUAAGAACUACUCAGUGGUUUCGUGGUAAGCGAAAUUACCGCACUGACCCCGUGCAAUUUUAUUUUCCAUCCAUCGCUAAACAGUGACUUUAGCAUUUCUUAAUUUCAGAGUACAAUACAUAUAGUUUAUUUUCUUGUUAUGUGUGAGGUGUUGCAAUACAUUUGUAUUUUGUCAAUA